GUCCUUGGAGAGGUUGAUUACUAUGCUGCUUUCUCCAGGGCAAGUUGAAAAGUAUGUACCUCGUGGACUGAAGGAGGACGUCGCCUUCCUUGUUGACAACUGUGACAACCAUGACCGACGUCUGGCGGGAAAGAAAAGCGAGCUGUGGGAUGACUGUGGCUCAUGGACGAGGGGGACAUCACCUAAAACAUUGCUCUUCUAUAACGGCUAUUCAACUCAAAUAGUGACAAAGAACAGCGAUGGACUUUACUGUACUUUAAAGACCAAAGAUGGCCGUCGGAAGCCGGUGCCACUGAAUCCUCAACCACAAGGGGAGGACAUUUUGGAACUGCAGCGCAACUAUAGCACAUCGAAAGCAUCAGAGUCAUACAAGAGAAGAGUGUCCUGGCUCAACUCGUUCGGAGACACAGACAUCCCCCAUGUGGCAUUGUACGAGUAUACAGGUACUUACCCAGGAGACCAACCACAUGGGAAGUCAAGUGACCCUGACUCUGUAUAUGUGCGAUGCCGUGGAGAAACAAUGGAAAAAAUCGGUGCUGCAGCUCGGGAUGUUGUACCAAGUAUAGCAUUCCGUACGCUGAAGGAUCAACUGCCAUUGCAAGAGCAACCAACGAACAUCCAGCAAGUUAAGAACAAGAGGUACAGGGAGGCCACGAAGAGGCGUGGUGCAGCAUCUGGCUCCGGACAGAAUGUUGCUGACCACGUGCAGCAACUGGAGGCACCAGAUGGCCACCCAUUUGCACGGCAAGUCAUCAGGGGUUACAACAAGGAAACAGUUGUCAUCGUGUAUUUUGAUGAGCAAAUACAGGAUAUGAAGAGAUUCUGCUGUACGAGCAUCCAUGGGGAAAACACAGUCCUUGGAGUGGACAAGACAUUCAAUCUUGGACCAUUCCAUGUGACUGUGACAAAUUUCAAACACUUGGCUGUAGUGCGUAGAGACACUGGGGAGCACCCCAUUUUCUUUGGCCCAAUGUUUGUCCAUGGGGGGUCCAAGACCGUAGACUAUAGCGUAUUCUUCGACCACAUCCGUAGUGUGUUAGAUAGCCCGCCAUCUAUGCCAGUGGUGGGCAGCGACAACGAAAGGGCUCUUCGGACGGCCAUAGGAAGAGCAUGGCCGGGAUGUCACCAGCUGUACUGCCAUCGUCACAUCCGCAAAAACUGUUCGGAGUAUCUGCAACGCAAAGUUGGGAUGAGUGAUGCCGCAAGACAACCAGUUAUCGAUGCAAUUUUUGGCAAGAACGGCAUAACUGCAGCCACCAGCAGGGUAGUCUUCGAGGGGCGUCUUCAGCAUGCAGAGGACCUCGCAGAUGCAGGGAACUUUGGUCCAUACUUCCGGGAACAAGUCAAGCCCCUACUACAGUCAAACUUCAACACCACCUCGCGUACAGACUUUCCAAUAAAGACAAAAUGGACAAACAACAAUGCAGAAUCCGCCAAUCACAUCCUAAAAGUCGCUGUGGGAUGGAAACCGCAGUCUCUCCUUGGCCUGGUGCAGAAACUCUCUGAAGUAGUCAGAGGACAGUAUCAGGAAGUUGAACGUGCAAUCAUUAACACUGGCGAAUACAAACUGACCGAUGACUUCACUAGAUUCAGAAUUCACCGAGACACCUGGUGCACGCUGUCAGAGAAGGAGAGGGAGGCCCAUCUGCGACGGUUUGGUAAGGAGAUGAAGAAGCCCAGGCGGCUUGUCAUCAGCACAGAUGGGAGAACAGGUGUGAUGGUACCCUCCCACGGUGGAAAAAAGAAGGGACAGGUCACCCGCAAAAGGGCAAACAGAACUAAAACGUUUUAAACAUGUUGUUCCUAUACAAAUGUUUUCAUCUUUUCAUGUAAUACAUGUAGUAAUAAUGGUGCUCUGUAACUGUUUUUUUUUUGUCUGUUGAAAACAGUUGUAUUUUUGGGAAUGGUACUCCCAGACUCCUUUACAGGGACCACUUGCUGUAAAUUUAGUACCGUAACAAGUGGAAGUUGGACGGAAAGUUUGUUUGUUUUUUUUUGUCUGUUGAAAACAGUUGUAUUUUUGGGAAUGGUACUCCCAGACUCCUUUACAGGGACCACUUGCUGUAAAUUUAGUACCGUAACAAGUGGAAGUUGGACGGAAAUUUUUUUUUUUUUUUUGGUCUGUUGAAAACAGUUGUAUUUUUGGGAAUGGUACUCCCAGACUCCUUUACAGGGACCACUUGCUGUAAAUUUAGUACCGUAACAAGUGGAAGUUGGACGGAAAGUUGUUGUGUUUUUUUUGUCUGUUGAAAACAGUUGUAUUUUUGGGAAUGGUACUCCCAGACUCCUUUACAGGGACCACUUGCUGUAAAUUUAGUACCGUAACAAGUGGAAGUUGGACGGAAAGUUUUUUUGUUUUUUUUUGUCUGUUGAAAACAGUUGUAUUUUUGGGAAUGGUACUCCCAGACUCCUUUACAGGGACCACUUGCUGUAAAUUUAGUACCGUAACAAGUGGAAGUUGGACGGAAAGUUGUUUUUUUUUGUCUGUUGAAAACAGUUGUAUUUUUGGGAAUGGUACUCCCUGACUCCUUUACAGGGACCACUUGCUGUAAAUUUAGUACCAUAACAAGUGGAAGUUGGACGGAAAGUUUUUUUUUUUUGUCUGUUGAAAACAGUUGUAUUUUUGGGAAUGGUACUCCCUGACUCCUUUACAGGGACCACUUGCUGUAAAUUUAGUACCGUAACCAGUGGAAGUUGGACGGAAAGUUGUUGUGUUUUUUUUGUCUGUUGAAUAGUAAUAAUGGUACUUCCAGACUCCUGUACAGGGACCACUUGCUGUCUGUUGAAAACAGUUGUAUUUUUGUAAAAGUAAUAAUGGUACUUCCAUACUCCUGUACAGGGACCACUUGCUUUGUCUGUUGAAAACAGUUGUAUUUUUGUAAUAGUAAUUAUGGUAAUUCCAGACAGUGGAAAUUUGCCUUUAAUCACCGGAGAUCUGGUUGUUCACUAAUAAAUGACAUUUGAAUAAAGACAUUUGAAUCUGUGUUGAUUUUGAGUUUAUUGUUAUUGACAGUUUAUACAGAAAUACUGUCUUAACUUUAUUGUUGUGACACAUACUUCCUAAUAAUCUGGUUUGGACCAUCGUAAAUUUGGGAUCAUUGGAACUUAUUUUGGGACCACUUUUUAUGGGACAUUAAUAGGGGAAAGCUGAUUUCGAGACAUACAUACCUCCAAGAAAUCCGUCCAGCCGUUCUUCAAAGGUACAAUGUAAUGAAAUCCUUUUAACAAGGAAACAGCAACAUGCAUUUUUGUCAAAUAAGAUGAUGCUUGUCAUCCAUCAAGAACGUCAGCAUAAAUAGGAAAUUGCACUCAUGAGAAAUAUAAAUAUAAAUUUAUUAUUUUUUAUGAAUCCAAGUCAAUUGCCCAAGGCACCCAACACAUCGUCACACUCACGCCCCACAAUCAGUUUUUUUUUUUCACGCACCGGUAAGUGCUUUCUUGUUUGACUUAUUUGUCGGGCUAUCUUUUUUUACAUAUUUCCCAUUGAGAUGCCAAUUACCGGGGGCCCCAAUCUGCAUAAUGCAACCAGCGUGGGUCCUUUGUUUACAAUCGGAUCAGUUUGUAAACACUCACUUCUUUAGGGAUUUGCGGCCUUCCACGAG